AUGAGCACUCAACCCCCUUACCACACCUCCACCUUCGGCGCUCCCAACCAGGACCCCAGCGCUUCCACCCCAAUUGGAACGCAGGUUGGCGCUGCUCCCCCGAUGGAUCCGAUGACCGGGCCUGCGCCUUCCACCGCCGGCCCUCACCAGUCGAACGUGAGCAAUCAGCUUGAUCCUCGCGUGGACAGCGACCUGAACAAUCAUGGUCAGCACGUCCCCGGAACCACUGCCACGGACAACGCCCACCACACCUCGUACAACCAGGGGUACAACCAAAGUUCCAACGCUGGUCCUCACAGUUCCUACGUGAUGAACAAGGUUGAUCCCCGCGUGGACAGCGACCUGGACAACCGGGCCCAGUAUGCCCCUGGGACCACUGCCUCGGGUAAUGCCCACCCUGGCACCGUGCAGGACAACUCGUACAGUCAUGGCGCGAACGAUGGUCCCCAUCGUUCAUCGAUGAUGAACAAGGCCGAUCCUCGCGUGGACGCCCAGGCGGGAGAGACAAGCACCAAGACUACGACCCAGACUGGUUCGGGCGCCGUGCACACGCCUGCCGGCACUUCCAGUCACCCGGCAGGAACUGGAUAUGACCCUACUACUGGACACGCACCGAUUCAUGCCCGUCCCAACCCUGAACAUGAGGCCAAGUAUGUUCCUCACGGUGAACAGCGCGAGUAUGAUACCACCACUACGGGCUCGAGCGCCACCGGGUCUCAGUCGGCCCAAAAGGGCGAAAAGGUUGGCCACGGCGUCAAGUCUUUGUUCGCGGGAGUUCAUGGUGCCGGUGAAUCGCUCCGCGGCGGUCUCACUGCGGCGGUAGAUAAGGCCUUCGGUCAUGAGGAGGGCGCAGCGAAGAACGCGGAAAUUGCUAGCAAAGGCGAGCGUCAGAUCCAGUCGGGUCAGUUUGGCCGGAAUGCUCAUUGA